GUAUCAGUCACUGGGCCGGGGCUGUGUUUGUCUGUGAGAUUUGUGCCUGGAGCAGCUGAGACUCUGGCAGGGGGCCCUUCCCUUCACACCUGCUCCAUGUUCCUUGGCUUGUGCCUCACACCUCCACAUUCCUCUUCCCGGAGCCAAGAAGAGAGAGAGCCAAUCCUGCCCCAGGUGUCGGCCCGCAGUGAUAACCCAUUCGCCUCCCCGGGGAGGUGCUGAGCGCUCCGGCCGGUGGGUGGCGCCUCAUUCCGCUGCGCUGUCACUUUAAAGCGGCCAAUUGUGCGAGCGUUUGUCAGUCGGAGCUGCAGGAUUAUCGCCAAGCGUGUUCCCUCCGCUGCUCCGGGACUGUCAGCCCCAAACUGCCCCACAUCGGCACCCCGGCAGGGAUGUAUCAGCCCUGCACCCCAAGGAUUAUCUGAGGGAGCCCCUUUAUUUAUUGGGGGGAAGGAGAAGGAAGUUUCUAUUUGUUCUAUGCAGAGUUUGCUGCUUCUCAUUGGGGGUUCAUGGAGCUCAGAGCACUGAUUCUGCUGGGGAUUAUUGUUACAUCCAACACAGGUUUUGCCGUUGUAUCUCUGCCCCAGCCACCGGGGGGCAAACUGUUAAACCACUUAUUGAAGGAGGGGGCAAGGAAAGGCAGCAGAGGGGAGAAGGAAUCCGGGACCAACCCCCUCCAGCCCACAGGGUCUCUGCCUUUGGCUACAGCCUCGCCGGGGCCCCAGGGGACCCCAAUUCCUGGAUAUGAGCAGAGGAGCGGCACCUCGCACCUGGAGGGGGAUUCUGGGGGUGCCCGCAGGAGGGACCGGCGCUGCACCUGUUACACCUACAAGGACAAGGAGUGCGUUUACUACUGUCACCUGGAUAUCAUAUGGAUCAACACCCCAGAGCGGGUAGUUCCUUAUGGACUUUCCAACUACAGAGGGAAGCGCUCGGCAGGGAGUUGGAGCUCCAAGCCCAGGUCAAGAUGUUCAUGUGAAGACAUCAGUGACCGCCAAUGUGUCCACUUCUGCUCCACCACCGAGAACAGGAGAAGGGAUCAGGCCUCGGCAGUUCGGAUGCAGAAUGAGAGAGUAUUAGAGCAGAAGAGGUUACUUGCAGAAGCCUGAGAGCCAGAGACAGAUGGAGCCUACAGUACAGGUUUGGCGCAGUCACCCCGGGGCGGUGAUUUACAGAGACACUUGUGAUUAACGUUGCAGAGCGGCCGGUAGGCUGAGACGCGCACAGACCCUGCUUAACCGUCCGGCGUCGGGCGCAAAGGCCUGCGAGGCGGCAACGCAAAUAUAUAUUUGUACCACUAUGUCCUUACCUCAUAUACGGGAUUUCUGUACAGGAAUAAAAACUUGAUUUAUUAGAGAAAAUCUAUAUAAAUAAAUAUAUAUAUAAAUAUAUAUAAUACGUUCUGGGACCUAAAACAAUUGUUGGUUCCCGGUGAAAAUAAAGGACUGAGCCCCUGGGUGGCGAAGGGGGGUGAUCUUAUACCCCAAGAACCCCUUUUCCAAACUUACGUCAACGGAGCCCAAUCAGGCGGCUCAUUCAUGUUGGAAAUGGAUCUUCUACCCGGCCCCGCCCAAAGGGUCAGUGCACAUAACCACCAACCCUCUGCCUGACUCCUCCCACUGCGGCUAAAGAAAUAUAACUACUUCCUGAACUUUAUACCAAGGUAACUUACCUUCCAUUCCAAGGCAACCUACCUUCCACUCCGAGGCAACCUACCUUCCAUUCCGAGGCAACCUACCUUCCAUUCCGAGGCAACCCACCUUCCACUCCGAGGCAACCCACCUUCCACUCCGAGGCAACCUACCUUCCACUCCGAGGCAACCCACCUUCCAUUCCGAGGCAACCCACCUUCCAUUCCGAGGCAACCCACCUUCCACUCCGAGGCAACCCACCUUCCACUCAGAGGCAACCCACCUUCCACUCAGAGGCAACCCACCUUCCACUCAGAGGCAACCCACCUUCCACUCAGAGGCAACCUACCUUCCACUCAGAGGCAACCUACCUUCCACUCAGAGGCAACCUACCUUCCACUCAGAGGCAACCUACCUUCCACUCAGAGGCAACCUACCUUCCACUCAGAGGCAACCUACCUUCCACUCAGAGGCAACCUACCUUCCACUCCGAGGCAACCUACCUUCCACUCAGAGGCAACCUACCUUCACUCCGAGGCAACCUACCUUCCACUCCGAGGCAACCUACCUUCCACUCCGAGGCAACCUACCUUCCACUCCGAGGCAACCUACCUUCCAUUCCGAGGCAACCUACCUUCCACUCCGAGGCAACCUACCUUCCACUCCGAGGCAACCUACCUUCCACUCCGAGGCAACCUACCUUCCACUCCGAGGCAACCUACCUUCCAUUCCGAGGCAACCUACCUUCCACUCCGAGGCAACCUACCUUCCACUCCGAGGCAACCUACCUUCCAUUCCGAGGCAACCUACCUUCCAUUCUUCAGUAACCAUCAUGAACAAAAAGGCUCAGACCAAAACUGGACCCCCAAUGAAAGCCAGAAGACCCCUUUCAUUUGCCAGACUCGAACAGUAAUUGGUUUUGCUUUGGGGCCACCGAGCCGACAUGACCGCCCAACGGGCAAAAUGUGGGUAACGAGAAGUCCUGAUCCAAUAACUGAACAUUGAGUAAAAAAAACUAUUAAUAAAGUGUUAGAAUUAUUAUUA